AACAAGCAUCGUUCAACCGUCUCCAACCGUUUUGAAAAUCUAACCCAAAAACUCACUCGCAGUCGCAGACUCCCUUCACUUCGUUAACUCCGCCCCUUACGACGGAGCUCCCGAAGCCACCCAAACCAUUUUUUCAACAUUUCUCCAUCUUCCUUCAAUUCCCCCUUCUAAAACCCUAUUCCUUUCUCUCUUCAAUUUAUUUUCAAAAAUGCAAUCUUCAAUUUCUCUCUCACUUUCUUCGGCUUCACCGAUCACUGCUAGAUCCAACUGCGGAGCCGAUCUCUUCUUGAGCAACAAUACUACUCCGAGUCAGCUGAGGUUUUGUGGUCUCAGAAGAGAAGCGUUUGCUGGUUGCAAAUCGUCUUCGUCUAAUAAUUCAAUUCGAUUCAAGCAAUUGCGUUCGACUAAGAAGGUUUCGGCCUCCUUGUCUGGAAAUGGAACCCCGUCCAAGGGUUUUGAUUAUGAUCUCGUCAUUAUUGGAGCUGGUGUUGGUGGUCACGGCGCUGCUCUUCAUGCCGUUGAAAAGGGUCUGAAAACCGCCAUCAUAGAAGGAGAUGUGGUUGGUGGAACAUGUGUUAAUCGUGGGUGUGUUCCUUCAAAGGCCCUUCUUGCUGUAAGUGGUCGAAUGAGGGAGCUCCAAAAUGAACACCACAUGAAGUCAUUUGGUUUGCAGGUUGCUGCUGCUGGGUAUGACAGACAAGGGGUAGCUGAUCAUGCCCAAAAUCUGGCAACCAAAAUCAGAAACAAUCUCACAAAUUCAAUGAAAUCUCUUGGUGUAGACAUAUUAACAGGUUUUGGUGCUGUUGUGGGCCCACAGAAGGUGAAAUAUGGAAAAGUUGGGGGUACUGAAACAGUCAUCACUGCAAAAGAUAUAAUCAUUGCUACUGGUUCAAUACCUUUUGUCCCUAAAGGGAUUGAAGUCGAUGGUAAGACUGUAAUAACAAGUGAUCAUGCACUGAAAUUAGAGACAGUUCCAGAGUGGAUAGUUAUUGUAGGAAGUGGUUACAUUGGACUUGAAUUCAGUGAUGUUUACACAGCACUAGGAAGUGAGGUGACAUUUGUAGAAGCUUUGGAUCAGUUAAUGCCUGGAUUUGACCCUGAAAUUGGGAAAUUGGCUCAAAGGGUUCUUAUAAAUCCUAGAAAAAUUGAUUAUCAUACUGGUGUAUUUGCAACCAAGAUUACUCCAGCAAAAGAUGGAAAGCCUGUGACAAUUGAACUUAUUGAUGCAAAGACAAAGGAGCCAAAAGAUACAUUGGAGGUAGAUGCUGCUCUUAUUGCAACUGGAAGAGCUCCAUUCACAGAAGGACUUGGUCUUGAGAGUGUGAAUGUUCAAACGCAACGUGGGUUUAUUCCUGUUGAUGAACGCAUGAGAGUGAUCGACUCAAAGGGAGAACUGGUCCCUCACUUGUAUUGCAUUGGUGAUGCUAAUGGAAAGAUGAUGCUUGCUCAUGCAGCAAGUGCUCAGGGUAUUUCAGUUGUUGAACAAGUUUCUGGAAAAGAUCAUGUUCUAAAUCAUCUGAGCAUCCCAGCUGCAUGUUUUACACAUCCUGAAAUCAGCAUGGUUGGACUAACAGAGCCCCAAGCAAGAGAAAAAGCUGAGAAGGAAGGAUUUGAAAUCAGUAUCGCUAAAACUAGCUUCAAAGCCAACACUAAAGCCCUUGCAGAAAAUGAAGGAGAAGGAAUCGCCAAGAUGAUUUAUAGACCUGACAGUGGAGAGAUUCUUGGGGUCCACAUAUUCGGAAUGCAUGCUGCUGACCUCAUCCACGAAGCAUCAAACGCAAUCGCUUUGGGAACACGUAUACAAGAUAUAAAGUAUGCGGUUCAUGCGCACCCGACUUUAUCUGAAGUCAUUGAUGAACUAUUCAAAUCAGCCAAGGUUACAGGCUAUGUUUCUAAUGAGGCACGUGAACCGAUUUCAGUUUAAGAUUUAUGAAAAUGAGGUGAAGUACAAAUUGAAAAUUUGAAAAAUGAACCAUUUUUGUGUUUAGAAAUAUUGUUUUGAUUUUAUUUAAUUCGGUGUACAGAGUUUUUGGCUGGAUUAAAGAUAUGGCAAGUAUUUAUGUAUUAAUUUUGAUCCACACGUAAAGGAAAUAGUAAUAGUUUGUAACAA